UCAGUCUUCAGUAGUGCUCGGUGGUUCAGUCCGUGCUCCGAGCUCCAUUGUAUUGUUAUCCGUCGUGUCUAUGGUGAAGAACGCGAUUGAGAUCGUUCAGUAACGAAAGAAACGCGCGUUCGCGAGAAAUCUCAGCGUCAACGUCACCGACGACAUAUUCGCUCGUGGUCAAUCAGAUUCCCAGGUAUCCUCGUGACCGAAGUAUCCCGGAGGACCGUGUCGAGUGUGUCGACGUCAAACGCGAAAGUAUAGCAAAGGUGGAGAAGCGUCAUCACUGACUUCAAAACCCGCGGGAUGAUAUGACGCAACGUUGCCGACAGUGAAGCGAUUGAACAUCGAAAAGCGGGAAGCGAGUUGAUUUCAGUUCAGUCGCGAAGUCGACUGCCGAUCGAUGAGAAUUCGCGCUUGGCAACGUUAAAGAAUCGAACGUGAGAAUCUUUCUUCCUGCUCGUUAGCAUCGUGUGCGCAGCAUCUAGUGGUCUCACACUGAUAACACGUUUGCGACGUACGUUCGCAGCAAAUAGCGAAAAUGGCUCUCUUCCGGAAGUUCAAUGAGAAGAUCCCUCGGAGAGGAAUCCUCGGGGCAAUGAUGUUCUUGGCUUGUAUGUUCUCCUACGUCAUUCGUACUAAUUUAUCCAUAUCUAUUGUCGCUAUGGUAAACACUACAAGCAAAGACGGUGGCAGCGGACCAGCUUGCAGUAUAGCAAAUAUAAAAAGCAAUAAAAGUGUCGUGCUUAAAGAUUUUGGAGAGCGUUUCGAAUGGAAUCAACAUAUUCAAGGUCUAUUGCUAUCUGGCUAUUUUUAUGGUGUCCUGCCGGCUAGUGUACCAGCUGGAAUGUUAGCUGAAAAAUAUGGGGGCUCUAAAGUAGUAGCAUUCGCCACAUUGAUACCCGCAGUAUUAAAUCUUCUGAUGCCUUGGGCUGCUAGUGUUCACUAUGGUUUUGUUUUUGCACUUCGUUUUAUAAUGGGAUUUUUCGGAGGCGCUGUUUAUCCUGCUCUUCACGCGAUGAUUGCCAGAUGGGUGCCUCCUGGUGAGAAGGGCAUGUUUGUAUGGACUAUGCAAGGUGGUCCAUUUGGAACCGUGGUAACAUUCGCUUUAUGCGGUGCGGUGAUCAGUGCUUAUGGAUGGAAAGCUGCAUUUUAUGUUACAAGCGGGCUUAUGUUAGUUUUUUAUGCUUUGUGGGUAUUUCUAAUCUAUGAUACACCGGAUUUGCAUCCUGGUAUUACAGAUAAAGAAAAAACGUAUAUAAAGGAACAAAUAGGCACUACCGUCUCGAAACAAAAAGUCCAACUACCGGUGAAAGCAGUCGCUACAUCUCCACCGUUCCUAGUAUUAUUGUGGGCUCACUUUGCAAACAUGUGGGGUAUUUAUUUCAUCGCUACAAAUGGACCCAAAUACACGUUAGAAGUCCUUGGUUUCAAUAUGAAAUCGGGUGGCGCAAUAACUGGAUUACCUUACAUAGCUAGACUAGGCGCUGGAGUAUUAUUUGCAGCAGCAGGCGAUUACGUACGAAGGAAGAAGUUUUUAUCUUUAGGCUGGAUAAGAAAAAUAUUUAUGCUAUUCUCUCACAUGGGACCUGCAAUUUGUCUGGUAGCAAUGACAUACGUAGGUUGUGAUGCUACAGCUGCGAUAAUAAUGUUAAUACUAGCGUUGGCCUUCAAUGGGGCCGCCUGCCAGACCAGCUUACAGAAUCAUCAAGACUUGGCACCAAACUAUGCCGGUUCUUUAUAUGGAAUUAUGAACACAUUUGGUAGUUUUCCCGGAUUCAUCAUUCCACCUAUUAUUGGCGCUUUAACCAAUGAAAGAAACGGUGUGGAAGAAUGGCGUAUAAUGUUUUGGAUAUCGUCGGUAGUAUUUACAUCAGCAACAAUUCUCUUUUGGCUAUUUGGAUCUGCGGAAAUUCAGUCAUGGAACGAUUCGACUCAUACUAAAGUGCCUACUGUUUCUGAAGAGGAAAAGCAGAUAAACGAUACGAUGAAAGAUGGAAUCGAUACGGAAACUGAGGAAAAUGAACGUCUCUAAUGAAUUAGGAAAUGAAAUAAAAUGAAAAAGUCCACACAGCACAAAAAGGUUGUAGAAAUAUUUUACUGCAAGAUUGCA